AGCGAAGCGAGGAUUGAGGCUCGUUCGUGUUGGUCGACAGUGCUCGCGUUUUACUCGGUGCAAUAGCAUAAGAUCACGUAUACUUUUGCUAAUCUAGGCUCAUCAAAGUGUCCUGCACAUUGGGAUUCACGGCUUGCAUUUCCAACCUGAUCGACUCUACUGGGCGAAAAGAAUCAACGGGCUUAUUUUUCCCAGUGUUAUUUUAAGGGACUGCUGCAUCUAAUGCUAAUGGGCACCUGGUGCUCUACCAAGUGGGUAGUACAGGUGUACGAGAGUUUGGGCCGCUCCAUCUACCAGGAUGGUUGAAAUGGAAGAGCAAUGACGAUCAAGGAGUGCUCGCCAACAAAGUUUUAGCCAGUAGCGUAACGAACGGACAAACGAACGACCCAUCAAACUCGGCCAACAGUGCAAUCGAACCAGAGGACCAAGAAGAAGCAUAACAAUUGGGGACGGAUGGUUUACUACAACUUUACUAAUCCUCCUCCUUCUCGCCUUAUUAUUACCACCGUGCAACUGCUACUUCUGCCCCUAAAACGGAAUGAAAAACAGCAAAAGUAUCAUCAUUAGAAUUAGUUGUGCCACAAAGUCCAUCAAGAGACCCACAUAUUUGUCCUAAGUGUUGAAUACGGUUCAUAAAGCGCAUUGGAUCGCUCUUCUAUCCUAAGAACUUAUUUCCAAUUCACGUGACUGCAAGGGUGGGUGAGUGAGUGGGUGAGUGAGGAGAGAAAACGAAAAAGACCCAGGCGACAAGGGCGAAUCGAGAAUGAUGUGACGCACCUCGGUGGCAACAUCAUCCGCAUUCUAUGCCAAGAUGAGGAACCGAUUGACCCGAAGCCUCACCCAAGUGUGGUGUGCUGUUCUGAUCCUCCAUGUGUUCCAUGAGUUGGCCUCCGGCUGCAAUGAGGCUGUCUGCGCUUCGAUCGUCUCCAAAUGUACAUUACUCAAGUCUUGUGAGUGCGAAAUCAUUCCGGGAGAGCCGUGCGCUUGCUGUCAUCGGUGUAAGAAAUGUCUCGAGUAUCUUUUCACCGAGUGUUGCUCGUGUUUCGAAUUGUGUCCCAAGCCGGAGAAGUCUCUAGCUCAGCAGGGCAGCAGCGUGUUCGAUUUUGAAGACCCUCCACUGGUGCUUUGGGACGCCCUCAUGGAAACCGACGACUCAAGGUGGGAGAAGUUCACCUAUCCCGUGGAUAUCUCACCAGCACGAUUAUUUCGUCCCAAAAAGACGGAGGAGCUUUCGCAUUCCCAGCAAAACUCGGCUCAAGAGACUCUAGUAGUGGACAAAGAGGACUUGGUCACGGCCAACUGCACCGUGGCCUUCUUGUACGGCUGCAUGGCCAAAAACAAAUGCCGCAACAGCUGUGCUACCAUGGGUGCGUCAUCCUAUCGAUGGUUUGACGAAUCCGCUUGUUGCGAGUGCGUGGGUCAUCAUUGUUUGAAUUACGGCAUCAAUGAGUCAAGGUGCACUGGAUGUUCAUUUGAGGACGAGGAUGAUGACCUCGAUGAGCUGUCCUUGGAAGAGCUUCACGAUUUGGAGCGGGAAUACUCGGAUGAGAUCGAAAAGCAGCAAAAGGAGACGGACAUCUCAAACCAAGAUCAUGAGCAAUGACGACACAUGUAAUGAGAAAUACCACCUUAUCAACCCGUAACAUAUCAGCAGUAUUAUUAAGCACGUAUUUUCAAGGUCGUUUGUCCUAGUUUCGACGUUUUCACUUACCUUUGAUUAUCGAUUGUGUCAUUCAACCAUUUGAAUAAAAAAUUCCUCCUGAACAAUCUCAA